CUGAAAAAGUAGCCGCUCAGACAGGACUUGGGUACCGGGCAGCACAGCGGCCAGCCCAGCCUGAGUGCGCUCCCCCGGGGCUAGCAGCAGCAGUGAGAGCGGCCGGUCCCAGAGGUGCAGCAGACCCCGCCCCCAGUGGGCGGGGCAGAGCCAGUAGCAGCUCAGGGAUCCAGCCGCUCUCACACAGUCUGGCCGGGGAGUGAGCGCCUCUAACAGAUGCUUCCUGGCGGGGAGAGAACGGGACGUUCCACCUGGUCUGGGAGCUGCAGGAGCGGCGUAACCUCUUCCCGGAGCGCUGUGGGCUGAGCCGCUGCUGAGAAGGUGAGAUUUGGAAGGCCGCCUCCCUAUGAAGUUGCGCGACUUCUCUGCAAUGUUGCCGUGACCGACUGCUGACUUCUCUCUGUUGGUACCGAAGGUGACGCUUUGUGGUAGCGGCGCAGGGAGAGGCGACGCACGAUGGGGCAGCAGCGAAUAUUGUUCCUGACGCUACUGACGGCUGCAGCCCUGCUGGCCAUAGAGGGAAGCCUUCCUCUCCUGUCCAAGCAGCGAAUGAAAGGCAGAUUUCAAAGGGACCGUAGGAAUAUCCGGCCGAAUAUCAUCCUUGUCCUGACCGACGACCAAGAUGUGGAACUUGGCUCCAUGCAGGUGAUGAAUAAAACAAAGCGGAUCAUGGAGCAAGGAGGCACCCACUUCAUCAACGCGUUUGUAACCACUCCCAUGUGCUGCCCGUCUCGCUCCUCUAUCCUCACCGGGAAGUACGUCCAUAACCACAACACCUACACCAACAACGAAAACUGCUCCUCUCCGUCCUGGCAGGCCCAACACGAGACCCACACCUUCUCCGUGUAUCUCAAUAACACCGGUUAUAGAACAGCUUUCUUUGGCAAAUACCUUAAUGAAUAUAAUGGCACCUACGUCCCCCCGGGCUGGAAAGAGUGGGUCGGCCUAGUGAAAAAUUCUCGAUUUUACAACUACACCCUCUGCCGCAAUGGAAUUAAAGAAAAACAUGGCUUUGACUAUGCCCAGGAUUAUCUGACGGAUCUCAUUACAAACAACAGCAUAAACUUCUUCCGGACGUCCAAGAAAAUAUACCCUCACCGGCCUGUUCUGAUGGUCUUGAGUCACGUGGCCCCACAUGGCCCAGAAGAUUCUGCCCCUCAGUAUUCCCAGAUGUUCCCCAAUGCAUCCCAACACAUUACCCCAAGUUAUAACUACGCCCCAAACCCUGAUAAGCACUGGAUAAUGCGAUACACUGGCCCCAUGAAGCCCAUCCAUAUGGAAUUCACCAACAUGCUACAGAGAAGACGGCUCCAAACGCUGAUGUCUGUGGACAGCUCCAUGGAGAUGAUUUACAACAUGCUGGUUGAAACUGGGGAAGUGGAAAACACCUACAUCAUUUACACAGCGGACCACGGCUACCACAUCGGGCAGUUUGGAUUGGUCAAAGGAAAAUCAAUGCCUUACGAGUUCGACAUCCGAGUCCCUUUCUACAUCCGUGGACCAAAUGUGGAUGCAGGUUCUCUGAAUCCGCACAUUGUACUGAACAUUGAUCUGGCACCUACAAUCCUAGACAUCGCCGGCCUAGACAUUCCUCCGGAAAUGGACGGCAAAUCAAUUCUGAAACUGUUAGAUACAGAGAGGCCUGUCAAUAGGUUUCACAUUCACAAGAAAGUCAAGGUUUGGAGAGAUUCAUUCCUGGUGGAAAGAGGCAAGCUGCUGCACAAGAGGGACAGCGACAAGGUGGACGCCCAGGAAGAGAAUUUUCUGCCCAAAUACCAACGUGUCAAAGACCUGUGCCAGAGGGCAGAGUACCAGACUGCCUGCGAGCAGCUGGGGCAGAAAUGGCAGUGCGUGGAGGAUCCGUCCGGCAAACUGCGACUCCACAAGUGCAAAGGAAUGGCGGGUCUGGCAGCAACGGCGCAAAUCCGGAGCAAGUCCCCCAACCUCAUGUCCAACUACUACAGCUCCAACAGUGACGAGUGCAACUGCGACAGUCUGAGCUACAAAAUCCCCCCUCUGGGCCGUCGCAAGAAGCUGCUGACUAAGAAAAAGUACAAGGCGAGUUACCUAAGGAAUCGCUCCACACGUUCUGUGUCAAUUGAGGUGGACGGAAAGGUCUUUAACCUGGGCAUCGAGCAGGAGUACCAGCCAAUCAUGCGGAACCUUACUAAGAGGCACAUGUCGGGCUUAGACGAUGAUGAGGAUAAAGAUAUGGAAGAUUACAGUGGAACGGGUGGGCUCACCAAUGAUCUGAUCGUACCCAGUUCCAUUAAAGUAACACACCGAUGCUUCAUUCUGGCCAAUGACACGGUGCAGUGCGACAUGGAUCUGUACAAAUCGCUGCAGGCCUGGAAGGAUCACAAGGUUCACAUUGACCAUGAGAUUGAAACAUUACAAAGCAAAAUUAAGAACCUGAGAGAAGUGAGAGGGCACCUGAAGAAGAAAAGGCCCGAGGAGUGCAACUGUAGCAAAAUCAGUUACAUCAAAAACGGAAAAAUGAAGCACAAGGGGACAGUGAUGCACCCAUUUAAAAAAACCCUGAAGGAAAAGGACAAGGUCUGGCUCCUGCGUGAGCAGCGGCACAAAAAGAAGCUGCGCAAACUGCUGAAGAGACUGAGAAACAACGACACUUGCAGCAUGCCUGGCCUCACCUGCUUCACUCAUGAUAACCAGCACUGGCAGACUGCCCCCUUCUGGACAUUAGGACCUUUCUGUGCCUGCACCAGCGCCAAUAACAACACCUACUGGUGCCUGAGGACCAUCAACGAAACGCACAACUUCCUGUUCUGUGAGUUUGCCACCGGCUUCCUGGAGUAUUUCGACCUGAACACAGACCCAUACCAGCUCAUCAACGCCGUGAACACAUUGGACCGGGAUGUUCUCAAUCAGUUGCACGUGCAGCUCAUGGAGCUGAGAAGCUGUAAAGGCUACAGGCAGUGCAACCCCAGGACACGGAGCUUAGAGCUCGGAUUCAAAGAUGGCAGUUUUGAACAGUACAGGCAACUACAGCGGCGAAAGUGGCCCAAAACGAAGAGACCUUCCUCUAAAUCCUUAGGCCAAUUAUGGGAUGGAUGGGAAGGCUAAAGCUGGGAGCAGCAGACAUUCCAUGGAUUUUAACUGUACAAACUUGACCAACCCUUGGGAUUGUGGGUGAGAUCCUACAUUAUGAAGAGACUGGAUGAACUUAUGGGUUAGAUAGUCUGCCCGUUGGGUUUUUAUUAGAGACAACUCAUUGUUUGAUGAGAGGAGCCGGUUCCUCUCUGAAUAUCCAGCUAAACAGCUGCUUGUGUGCCCUACACUCUCCUGCUGCCGGUGACGCUGUUCUUCCUUCUAAGCACCCGCGGCAAAAGGCCCCUUGUUUGUGCUUCAGCUUCUAAGUAAAGGCCACAACGAGACUUGCACUGGGAAGCGACCUUACGCCGGGUAUUUGAGAGGCCGCCAUCUACAGAAACACAACCGUCCAAUCUUAUAAAAGGACCCACAACGGAGUAACGGCCCCCAUCCAGGCCAAGCUUUACUAACGGAGACGUACUGUAAAUAUAAAGGGGUGGCCAAAAGCCCGACGGACCACGUGUAGACAAGACAUUCAUUGUGAAAUCACGGGAGCAGUGAAACUCUCAGUAUGAAAUUGUUACUUACUUGUUGCAUAAUAAAAUUUCAUAACUGAUCGACUUUACAUAGA